AUGCCCUCCGUGAUGUUGUCGGCGGUGUUAGAAGAGGAGCCCGACUUGUACGAGGCAUUUCCACCUCAUGUAGAUCCCACAGGAAUAACUAUCCUCACUGAUAGUCCACCAGGCAAGAAAGCGCCACUCAAAACAUUCGAAGAGAUCCAGCCGCUGAUUCAACAGGCUCGUAAGCGGGAUCUGAAGCUACUCAUCAGAGAGAACUCUUGGCCAAUCAACAGUCCCGUCCGUGCCUCGCUCUGGCCGGCUCUCUGUCGGCAGCAUCAACAUGGCAAGUCUAUGCUGGACGGAUUCUACUGGGACAUGGUUACACAGGUGUUCGGCACAGUGGAGUUGCCGGACAAGCCGAUCAUGCUGCCGCCCUUUGUGGAGGCGACACACUGUCUCGGCUACCAUCUGACUCGCAAAGGGCGGGCGGUGGCUGAUCGGGUGGUCUCCGUACUUGGAUACGCUUGCCCGGACAUCACAUAUAGUCCCAGCCUUUACCCCAUCACUGCUGCGUUGCUGCACUUCAUGCCUGAGGAGGAAUGCUACCACUGCAUGGCGAGCUUGGUGGCGUCCAAGGAAAAAAUGUUUAUCACGCAAACGAAACUACUCAACGAAGUCACAUGGAAGACUGUUAUGCAGAUCGCUAAGAAACAUGCCAAGUCGGCAGCCCAGCACCUCUCCCGGCUAUCGGGCGCCAUCGGACCAGAGAGAAUCUACGCCGAUUGGCAGUGGUGGAUUCUGGCUGCGCUCCCGUUUCCACAUCUCGUUAGAGUACUCGACUGUUUCUUCCAUGAGGGGAUCAAGGUGUUCUACAGAGUGGCACUAGCAAUCCUCAUUCUCUUUAACAAGCAUGCAUCGAAUCAGAACUCUGAAUGGUACGCCGAGGCGACGAAGAACGGCGUCGAUCACGCUAUAGACAAGUUCUGUAGAAAUAUGCCCGCAUCGCCCACCAAGCUGCUCAGAACUGCUUUUAGUAUUAGGGCACUAAGUUCACAGUACAUAUCGCGGGUGUUUAUCAAGACAGAGAUGACACUUAAAUCCAAAGCGGUGAUCACAGGCAACCGGCUCGUCCGAUCCAGGUCUUCGGACAACCUGCCCACCAGCCAGUCACAAGUCAAUAUCCAGAUGAUGUCACACACGCUCACCAUACGCGAGUUGUUCACUCUAUGGUCGUGGUUACCCGUGCGCAUCACAAUGUACCAGCCAGUGUUGCUAUACACGACAGAAGAGCACGGUUGCUCUCUGACCACUUUCUACGUGCGAGUGGAACAUCACGAACCGACUUUACUCAUGAUUAAGACGUGUAAUAACGAGGUGUUCGGUGCGUACUGUUCGACGCGAUGGUUUGAGCGCAAUCAGAAGGACGAGCGCGGGAACAGACAGGCUUACUUCGGCACGGGAGAGACAUUCCUCUUUAGCCUUUACCCGGAGCGUGCCAAGUACCCCUGGGUGGGCGUUACUUCGGGGAACGACGGCAAGGGCGAGGAGCGAGUCGCACACGGCUCCGAACUUUUGCAUCCACACCGGGCCAAGUACCCGUGGGUGGGGUGCUUAGAAGAUGGGAAGGAAGGCGAAAUUGAUGCGAGGACCCCACACGCCAAUUCGCUGUUCAUGGCGGCCGAUAAUACUAUGGUUACCAUUGGUGGAGGUGACGGCCAAGCGAUUUGGAUGGACGAGAACAUAAGGUUCGGCAAGACUGACCGCUGCUCGACGUUCAACAACCCGCCGCUGUGUCCGAGUGGCGAUUUCGAGAUUCGUGUCCUUGAAGUGUACGGCUUCUCCGGGGCUUAA